UACCCAUCAUAAGACUUUAGAGGCCUCUUUGAUUCUAACCCCUUAAUUAUGGCUUCAAUGUCUGCUCAUGGGUCAGCUGGUUCAUGGACUGCAAAGCAAAACAAAGCCUUUGAGAAGGCUUUGGCUGUGUAUGAUCAAGACACACCUGAGCGAUGGCUCAAUGUUGCUAAGGCCAUUGGUGGGAAAACCGAAGAGGAAGUGAAGAGGCACUACCAACUUCUUUUGAAGGAUGUUAAGCAAAUUGAGUCUGGUGAAGUUCCUUUCCCAUAUGGAAGGUCCAGAUGAUUAAGAUGAGAUGGAGAAACAUGAAGUUGGAUAGAGGCAGCUCGUGGAGUGCUUGAAGAAUAAAAGAAGAAUGAACAAUUUUGCUUGCUUUUUUGUGCCUUUUUAAUUCUAAUUGUACUUUUUCAAUGGAAUAAAAGGUUAUUGCUUGCUCUUUUUUUCGAGGCA